UGGUAUAAAAGGGGGUUGGAGAUUGAGAGAAAGCACAGUUGAGUUCCCUCUGGGUCGGCUGUACGAUGAGGGCAACAGUGAUUUUGAUACUCGGCCUGGCCGCUAUGGCCAUGGCUAGAGAGGUAGACAACAAUAUGUCUGUCAAAACAGACAUUAAGGAGAAACAGACUUUUAUUCUCAAGCUGCUGAACCAUGUCACGGAACCCUGCAUGUACAAGGAAAUUGUGGAUAUUGCCAAAACGUUCAAAAUUGAGCAAGGCGUUGACUUAUACACCAAAACUGAUGUUCACAAGCGUUUCGUGAAAAUGCUCAAGUUUGGCGUGCUUCCUCGAGGCGAAGUUUUCACGCUCCAUAUUGACCGUCAGCUUGACGAAGUCGUAACCAUGUUCCACAUGCUCUACUACGCCAAGGACUUCGAGACUUUCAUCAAGACCGCCUGCUGGAUGCGUUGUUACAUGAACGAGGGCAUGUUUGUCUACGCUCUUACUGUUGCUUGCAGACACCGUGAGGAUUGCAAGGGCGUCAUCCUGCCCCCUCCUUACGAAAUCUACCCCUACUACUUUGUACGCGCAGAUGUUAUCCAGAAAGCGUAUAUGCUAAAAAUGAAGAGAGGACUUAUUGACCACAAGCUGUGUGACUUCUAUGGUAUCACGAAGACCGACAAAGACGUUUACAUAAUCGAUGAGAACGUCUAUGACAAACGUGUGUGCCUUAACGAUGAAUGUAGGUUGAGAUACUUUACUGAAGACAUUGACCUCAACACCUACUACUACUACUUCCAUGUUGACCAUCCAUUCUGGAUGAAAGAUACAAUUUUUGACAAAUAUAAGACCAGGCGCUGUGAGUUGACUCUGUAUAUUUAUCAGCAAAUAUUGGCCAGGUACUAUCUUGAGAGAUUAUCCAACGGAUUAGGAGAAAUUACAACUCUGUCCUGGAACAAGCCCAUCAGGAAGGGAUACUGCCCUUGGUUGAAACUGCACAACGGUGUGUUCCUUCCUACUAGGAUGAACAACUACGUUAUUGUUCGCGACGAUAAUGUUGAUGUUGUAACUGUAGCUGAGACCUACGAGAGGAUCAUUAGAGAGGCCGUUGUUAAAGGACACAUUGAAAUCAAUGGAAAGAGGUUUGAACUGACGAAGACUGAGGACAUCGAAACUCUGGGCAAACUUAUCUAUGGAAAAAUCGACAAAGACGUAACAACUACUCCCGUUAUCGAUAAGCACCGUGUUGAGGCUUACCGUUACCUGCUCAUCGUCAUGAAGGCCUGCCUUGGACUUAAUGUUUUCAAAUCAGACAAGUACUUCGUUGUUCCUUCGAUCCUGGACCAAUACCAGACAGCGUUACGUGAUCCAGUGUUCUACAAACUUCAAAAGCGCCUAGUCAACAUCAUGAUUCUGUUCAAGAGACGUCUGCCGUGUUACACCAAAGAGCAACUGCUGUUCCCCGGUGUUAAGAUCGACAACAUUGUAGUUGACAAACUCGUCACCUACUUCGACGACUACCUAAUGGAUAUGACCAACGCUGUAACUUUGACCGACGAAGAAAUGAAGAAGACUAAAUCCGAUAUGGUCUUUAUGGUUCGCAAACGUCGCCUGAAUCACCAACCUUUCAAAGUAACAAUCGAUGUCAUGUCUGACAAGACUGCCGACUGUGUUGUGAGAAUCUUCUUGGGACCCAAGGAAGACCACUUAGGCCGAUUGAUUGACAUCAACAAGAACCGUCUUAACAUGGUGGAGCUUGACUCUUUCUUGUACAAAAUGACCACUGGCAGAAACACCAUUGUCAGGGAUUCUAAAGAGAUGCAUAACCUUGUGCGCGACCGUAUGAUGACUCGUGACUUGUGGAGGAAGAUUGAUGGUAUGACUGACAUGCGUGAUUUGUUAGUGAAGGAUCUGAGGAAUUACAUGACUGGCUUCCCGACUAGGCUGCUUUUGCCUAAGGGUCAUGUUGGAGGUAUGAAGAUGAUGCUUUACUGUAUUGUCACACCGUUGAGACUGGUUGACAAUAUGGACCUGACUCUCUUGGACACUAACCGCAAAGACCUCGUCAUGGACUUCAGAUCAACUGUCUUGCUCGACAAGAUGCCUCUUGGAUUCCCCUUCGAUCGUCGUAUUGAUGUGACCAUGUUCUUUACGCCCAACAUGAAGUUUGUGGAUGUCAAGAUUUUCCACAAAAAAAUGACAUGUGACAUGAAGACUCGCUGGAACAGAUGGGUUCUGAAGCACUACGAUAUGGUACACAUGACCUCCAUCGAUGACGACAAGAUGUUCGUCGAUGUCGACAUCAACUCUCACGUCGACCGUGAUGUUCACUUAAUUGACACCGAUUUUUGAACAGAUUGUUAACCUAGCCCUGUAUUCUGUACAAAGUGUAUGACGAAUGUAAUAGCAUAGCAAUUGUAAACAUGCAAGUAAACUUAAAAUGAAUAACUU